AUGUCACCUGACUACACCCGCACCACUGAACAGGUUUAUAUGGAUCUUGCCAAACUCUACUUGCGCAAAAACCACAAUCUAGAUAUCUUAGGCUUCGUGGUGCACCAUGCGCCAGACUCUGCGCAAAUGCAAGGAAAUCCGCCUGUCAUGAAUGGACCAGACCUGCUCGUAGAGUGUUAUCGUGCGCACAAAAUCUCCCGCUUGUCUUUCAUCUGCGAACAAUUUGACGCUGAGGCGCUACGAUCCUGGAUGGAUGGGGCACUGGAACAUGACUACCCAUAUGCUGGUGAAACCCAUGAAGAAGCGUUCUCGACAUCAGUCGUUGUUGAUAUACGAUUCGACCCAUUGGAUAAAUGUUACAGUCGUGGAGGGAAGAUGAUCUGUUGA